AUGUCGUCCAUCGUCUACAUCAACGGGCCCCUCACCACUGUUUUAAGUCAGAAAACUGUAUUUCGAAAUUCAGAAACAAGGUAUGACUCAACGGACAUUGACGAUGUUAGCGAUUCCGGAGUUAUGUCGCUGCCAGCCAGCGAUGACGAACACCAAGACUUUACCGUGGAGGCGAAAAGCGAAGGGGACGUGAAGAGCCGACUGCUGAGCCUGAGUCAGAGCUGCGGGGUGGCCGAGCGGAUCUGCCUCCAGCAGGGGCUGGCUCUCCUCAGGCACUACGAGGCCAGGAUCGAGGCUCUCGAGUCCACCAUCGCCGCCAUGUGCACCGAGGCCACCUUGUCUAGAAACCUGCAAUCCGAAGAAAUACGAGGAUCGAGCAGAAUCAUCGCCACCGUUCUUCCAUUCACAGAGAGAAAAGACUGCCUCCAAGAAAGCGGUAUAUUCGAGGAGUCGGAAUGGGCCAGCAGAGGGACCCAGACAGAACCGAGGGCUGAACACGGGGACCUGACCACAGAGCUGGAGAAGCUGUCUAGGAUAAGAGAGAAGAUCGAGACUGGAACACUGCAGCCAGAGGUGCCGCCGCUGAAGCAGCUGGCCUAUUACCGCGAAAGGGCGGAGACUUUGGAGUCCAGACUGGCCGUCUACGAAGCGAGGCCGGACGAGAUGACGCGACUCCUGAGGACGAGGGUAGAGAAGGAGGCGAGGCUGGAGGCGGAGGUUCGGCACCUGCGAGACAGGAUAGCCAAGCUGGAGCUGGAGAACAGAGCUCUUGAGGAGGAGCGCUGCGAGCUAGAGGAGGCCGAGAACGACACGAGGCUGAGGUGUCAGAAAUUGGAGCUAAAGUUAAGUGCAGUUGGAGAAAAGAAAAAUUGUUUAAAAGCUCAAUUGGAACAACUUACACGUGAAAUGGCAGCCAGAGAAGAAGAGCAUAAACAGACAUCUCAAAUGGAAUCUCUGGUGAAGAAUUAUGAAAAGAAGAACCAAGAAUUAGAAGAGAGAGAGAUGGAAGUAAGGUACAGGUUACAAAUGCUUGAAAAUACGAUGCCUGCUCUGUUAAUGUGGAAUAUGUGGAGAAUGAUGGUAGCAAUGCAGCAAGCUCAAACUGCACCUGUAGCAGGAGUACCUCCUGCACAUCCUGGUAUAUCUCCUGUACAUCCUGGAGUUCCUUCGCUUGGUCCAAUGAAUUCAAAGGAGGAAGAACUAAUUUCAAAGCUACAAUCUCUAGAAGCAAGGCUUAAUUCUGAAAACAGGAUGCUUCAAGAUUCUCGAAAUGCAGAGGAAGCUUUGCGAAACAAAGUGCAUGACCUUGAAAUGAUUUUGGAUUCCAAAGACACGAAUAUAAUACAAAUUCUAGACCGUGAUCCUGGCCAGGAUAUAGAGGCUUUUGAGAAAAUGACUAAAAUGGCUAAGGAGCGUAUAGAGAUGAAACGGAGAAUAAAAGAUUUGGAAUUGAAAGAACAUAUGUAUCAAGAAACUUUGCAAGAAUUUGAUGGAAUGUUUUCAGACUUGGAAGGAAAUUAUUCUAAACAAUUGAAGGAGAAAGAUGACGCUCUAUCUGAUAAAGAUGCAAAACUUGCCGAAACUGAAUAUAAGUUAAAUCAAUCUAAAAAGAUAUCCGCUGAAAAUGCUCAGUUACACGAAAGAUUGCUUCAAUUAGAGCAGGAAAUGAAGAUAUUGACCGAAGCUCUCAAGAAAAGGGAAAUCGAAAGGGAUGCAUUGGAAAGAGAAGAGAGAAAAUUAAAUCAAGAACUUCAGGAUUGUCUAGCUGAAUUAGAAAAUCUUAAAAAACAAGUUGAAGGGCCUAUGUUAGGGCAGUUAGAAAUCCAGAAGAAGAAAGGUUUGCAGCUAGAACAAGAAUUAGAAAGAUUGCAGGACGAGAAGUUUGAGAUGGAAGCCGACAGGAAAGCUGAGGUGAGUACUCUAAAAAACAGAAUUAACCAGUUAACUCGAGACAUAAUGGAAAGUGAUGUCACUAUUGGGGAAUUAAGAGAGGAGGUUCAGACUCUUGAGAUGGCUAUUGAUGACCUGAGGUAUGUGGUCAGUUUAGAGAAAGCUAAUAAAGAAGAACUGAGGAAAGAGUAUGAAGCCAAAUUGGAAGAGAAAGACAGACUGUUGGAAGAAUUAAGCAACUCUAUGAAUCAAGAGAGUGAAGGUAAAAGCCUGAGAGAAGAGUUGGAUGAGAUGAUGCUAGAUUCAGGAGAUUCACUUUCUGCUGAUGACUUCCAAAAAAUAGAAGAAAUAGACAUUGAGAUCAGUGUGGCAAAAAAAAAAGUUAGUUGUAACCGAGUUAGUUGUAAUAUUGUGAGUAACCGAGAAGAUGACGAAUUUUCUACCCCGAUCGCAUCUGAUUCGGAAGAUUAUACUACUUCAAGCAAGGUGCCUGAAAUCGGUGAAAGUGAUGUUGGGUCUAUCAAUUCCAAAAUGAAGAAUUUUUAUGAAACAAGCCAUGAUUUAGAAAAAUUGCAACUAAAGACUAAAACUGCCCUAGGAAUUCAGGAGCUGAUUGCAGAAAUUGACAACGGUGAGUCCCUGCUUGACAUCGAAGCAAGUAGGGCAGCUCUUGCCGGCCUACCGCUGCAUACUACAUCAUUGCCUCGGGAUUGUCAAGUUGCACAAGAAGCUGUAACAAACUCAACAGGAAGAGACAUCAAAGGUACCGUCGACAACCUGACUAAAGCUUUUCAGCAUUCGAAGACAUGUAAAAAAUGCAAUGAGACAUUGGGUUCAUUUCUUGGCGACUUGAUCAAGGAGCUAGGGGUCCGGUUACCCAGCAUCCAGACGCUGGGCAACCAUCAACUGUGAAGUCUACCGUAAGUAAUAGAAAAAGAAAGAAAAUUGUUUUAAAAGUAUUUUCUCAAAUUAUAAUAUUCUUAAUCUUGUCAAAAUUAAUCUAUAAGCCUCUAAAAUUAAAACUCUAUUGCUCUUAGUUGCUGCUUGAACCACAAUUGCUUGCAAUAUUUGCCAUUUUAUUUAAUUUUAAAUGAUGAUUACAACAGUACGCUUCACGAAAAUAAUAGAUCCAACACCCAGUGUCUUGUAGCUACAUUAGGCCAUUUUGCAGAUUGUUUGGUUCACUAUAACAACAAAUUACACACUGUUUUAAGAACUGUAUCACAGGCAUGUGUUUAUUAAUCAUGACCUAAUAAUUAUGUUAACAAUGGUGGUGUAUGAUGGUCUCUUUCUGGUGAACAUGAAGAAAGACUUGAACUGCUUAGUUAAAUAUGUUUUCAAGGUUGCCAGAAAUAUGCAUAUAAUCCAGUAUUAUGUCGAGCUACAGUCGCUCUACCCAUUUUACAGUUUUCAGUAUUUUAUUGUAUCCUUCCUAUACCAAGUUAUCUCAGCAGUACAGUACCUACAAUUUAAAUCCUCCUUCCAAUCCCAUCCCACCCAAUCUCGUGCUUCUGUCUUCUAUCCUACAGAACUGCUAUAUUCCACAAGUCCUUCCUAAUUCGACCUGCCCCUCUCUUGAACUCUUAUUACACCCAUCAUUUGUCAUGCUUCAACGAUAAUUUAGUAUUAUAUUUAACACUGUCUUGGCCACUAUUUAAUGUUCUUUUAAUUUUGUUCUUUGGGAAGGGACUUUGUCCCAGAAUACUGAAGAAAUUUUUUAUUUAAUUUUUCCUUAUAAUGUAAUUUAUAAUACCAUAUCAAGUAUCGUUAAUUUGUUGAUGAAUGCUUAUGUCACUCAAAUAUGUAAUUGAUUAUUGUUGAAUAUUAUUAUUGAAUGUUGAAACAUUAAUGUGUGUUUUGCACAAUUUUUCUGUAUAGGAUGUUGGAGCGGGAACUGUGG